CUUGCACCUCCGCUGGCGGCAACUCCGCAGUUAGCUCCUGAGCCCGAGCCAGCACCUGGGACCCAGAAGACCCGAGCCUGAGUGACCAUGGCGACAUCUCCCGACGCUGCUUUCAAGGCCCUUAUGAAUGGAGUGACGAGCUGGGAUGUCCCUAAAGAUGCCGUCCCGUGUGAACUGCUUCUGGUUGGCGAGGCCUCCUUCCCUGUGAUGCGGAAUGACAAGGGCCAGGUCCUCAUCGCUGCGUCCUCCUAUGGCCGAGGCCGCCUGGUGGUGGUGUCCCACGAGGGCUACCUGCUGGAUGUCGGCCUGGCUCCAUUUCUUCGCAACGCAGUGGACUGGCUCCGCCCCUCUCCUCAGGCUCCCGUGGGAGUGCACACCUCCCUGGAACCACUAGUUACCAUCCUGCAGGGCUCUGGGGUUGGGGCACAGGCUCAGCCAGAACCGGGAGACCCCGUGGGGGUUUACUGCAUCAGUGCCUACAACGAAACCCUAACUGCAGAGCUGAUCCAGUUUGUGAAACGUGGCGGGGGCUUGCUCAUCGGGGGCCAGGCCUGGUACUGGGCCAGUCAGCAUGGCUGUGACCAGGUGCUGUCCAGGUUCCCUGGGAACCAGGUGACCAGUGUGGCUGGAGUGUACUUCACCGACACCUAUGGGGACAAAGACCGGCUCAAAGUCUCUAAGAAGGUGCCCAAGAUCCCGCUCCAGGUUAGGUGUGGGGAGGACCUCAGCCGGGACCAGCACCAGCUCCUGGAAGGGAUCUCCGAGCUGGACAUCGAGACGGGAGGGAUCCCCUCGCAGCUGCUGGUGCAUGGGGCCCUGGCCUUCCCUCUGGGCUUAGAUGCUUCACUCGGCUGCUUCCUGGCCGCUGCCCGCUAUGGCCAGGGCCGGGUGGUCCUGGCUGCCCACGAGGGCUUGCUCUGUGCUCCCAAGAUGGGGCCCUUUUUGCUCAAUGCUGUGCGCUGGCUGGCUAGAGGCCAGGCAGGCAAAGUUGGGGUGAACACAAGUCUCCAAGACCUGUGUGCCCUACUGGCCCCGCACGGCCUGCAGUGCAGUCUGGAGCCCCACCUGACGUGUGGCCUGGCUGUCUACUGCUGUAACGCCUACAGUAACAGUCAGGCUCAGCAGCUGCAGGAGUUUGUGGCUGAGGGAGGGGGUUUGCUGAUCGGGGGCCAGGCCUGGUGGUGGGCCUCCCAGAACCCAGGCUGCUCUGCCUUGGCUGGUUUCCCUGGUAACACCAUCCUCAACUGCUUUGGCCUCAGCAUCCUACCUCACACUCUCCAGCCCGGCCGAUUCCCCGUCCCCACCCCCCAGAUGCUGGGCUACCACUUCCGCAAGGCACUGUCCAAAUUCCUGGCUGUCCUGAGAAAGGAGGUUGAGAACUUGGAAAAGAACUGGCUGGCAAAGCUGAGAGUCGAGGGGGCUGCCUUCCUGCAGAUCCCUGCGCAGGGGGUCCCUGCGUACAUGUGCCUGCACCGGCGCAUCUGGAAGAUGCUGCAGUGGUCCGGCAUCCCAGCUGUGAGCCGGGAAAACCCCGUGGCCAGUGACUCCUCCCAGGCUGCAGUGCUGUGCCUCGCCACGGAGCUGGUCCGCGCUGGGACACACUGCCCCAUGCCGGAGCCAGCAACCGGCCACCCAGCCGCAGAGCACCCCAUCACUGUGGACAUCGAUGGAAGCAACCCAGGCACCCGUGAGUCCUGGGUGAGCACUGGGCUCUACGUCCCAAACGCGCAAACUGCAGAGGUCUCGCUGUCGGAGGCUGAGGCCUGUGCCGGCCUGAAGGUGCAGAUUGGCUGCCACACUGAUGACUUGACCAAAGCCAGCAAGCUGUGCCGAGCCCCUGUGGUGACCCACCAGUGCAGUAUGGAUGGGACCAGUCAGUCAGUCCGUUGCCUCUGGGGUGGCCUUCUCUACGUCAUCGUGCCCAAAGGCAGUACACUGGGACCCAUGUCCGUCACUGUUAAGAGGGCUGUGCCCGCCCCGUACUACAAGCUGGGUAAGACAUCCCUAGCAGAGUGGAAGAACUCUGUCCGGGAGAGCCCGGCUCCAUGGGGAGAGCUGGCAACGGACAACAUCAUCCUGACGGUGCCGACCUCAGACCUGCGGGCCCUGGAGGACCCUGAGCCUGUGCUCCGCCUCUGGGAGGAGAUGAUGCGGGCGAUCACCAGGCUGGCGGCCCAGCCCUUCCCGGUCCCCCGGCCCGAGAGGAUUGUGGCCGACGUGCAGAUCUCCGCUGGCUGGAUGCAUGCAGGGUACCCCAUCAUGUGCCACCUGGAGUCGGUGCAGGAGCUCAUCAAUGAGACCUCCAUGAGAAGCAGUGGGCUGUGGGGACCCAUCCACGAGUUGGGCCACAACCAGCAGCAGCAUGGGUGGGAGUUCCCCCCACACACCACCGAGGCCACCUGCAACCUCUGGUCAGUCUAUGUGCAUGAGACGGUCCUGGGUAUCCCCAGGGCUCGGGCCCACCCUUCUCUGAGCCCUCCGGAACGAGAGAAGAGGAUCAAAGAGCACCUGGGGAAGGGAGCGCCCCUGUGUGACUGGAACGUGUGGACAGCUCUGGAAACAUAUUUACAGCUCCAGGAGGCCUUCGGGUGGGAGCCAUUCACCCGGCUCUUUGCUGAGUACCAGACCCUCUCCGACAUCCCCCAAGACAACGCGGGCAAGAUGAAUCUGUGGGUGAAGAAGUUCUCCGAAAAAGUGCAGAAGAACCUGGCUCCGUUCUUCAAGGCCUGGGGCUGGCCCGUCCGGAAGGCAGUGGCCGAGAGCCUGGCCCGUCUGCCCCGGUGGGAGGGGAACCCCCUGCGGGCCUACAUCCAGCUGGAGGAGUGAAACACGAGUUGCUGGGGGCCAGGAAUGGCCGCUCGCCUCCCGUCCCACCUUCCCCUGUCUACAGGCUGCCCCCUGCUCCUGGAUCAUCCCUCCCCCGUCCGGUCUUCCCCCCACUUCACAGUGAAGAGCUAGCUGGUGUUCGGACUUCCUCCCUGGUGAAACAAAUGAGCAAAACUCCAACCAAUCCUUGUCUAUAAUGAUAGUCUCAGAUGGGAAGAAUCAUAAUACAUCACUUAUAUAUACCCCCGGAAAUUAGAACACUCCUUGUUUUCCCUGUUAAGUAUUCAAUGACCUGUAAGCCGACCUCAAGCUGGAAAAAAUGGUCUGAAAUCUUUUGGAAAUGUGAACAAUUGUAUCUGUUAGCUAAAUAUC